AUGCCACGUAAGCUACGUAAGAAUAUACGUAAGAGGAAGAGAGCAUUGAAACAUCCAAUAGUAAAACUGACACCACAACAACAGUUGCAACAACAAAUGAUGAAUGACCCCACUAUGUUGCAACAAAUGUCAAGCAAUCCUAUGCUUUUAAACCGAGUUCUUGGUGCACAGAGUGGAGGUUUAAGAGCGGCACUUUUAGCGAAAAUGGCAGGCUAUGGUGGAGCUGCAGACGGAACAGCAUAUAACCCUCAAAGUCAAAUGAAUUUGAGUUCACUCAAAAAUCAAAUAGCAGAUGUCAAAAAGUCAAACAUAGACAUACAGAAGCAAAUAA